AUGGAGCCGCAUCCGAAUCCCACCUAUUCACUGAUCGAACUUGAAGGGGUACAGACAUCCGAUUCCUGCCGAUACUGCGAUGAUACCACCUCUCCGAAAGUAAAUUGGUACCUCUCUUCCAGUGGUCUUCUCGUGGACGACUAUAAAAUUCUCAUGGACAGGGGAUGGCGUCGGCGUGGAAGUAAAGUCUCCAAGCCAAUGAACAAGGAGACGUGUUGUCCCGCCUACCCAAUCAGGUGUGACACGCAGCAUUUUAGGAUCUCGAAGGCACAAAAGAAGGCAAUACGUCUUGUAGCCAACUUUCUGAGGGCAGGCGAAAAACCGGACUAUGCUGAGACAUCACGGGAUGUGCACAAAGCCUGCGGCAGUAGCCGGAAGUCAGUUGAGGGAACCGAAACUAAAGAAUCGGGCAAAAUUGAGUGUGAAGCUGCACCUCUGACACCUGGACGAGGGGUAAGUGCCAAACAGAGACGAUGGGAGGCUCGACAGGAACGCAUGGCUCAACGUGCUGGCAGGACUGGUGAAUCCUUGGCGGAGCUCAUGGAGGCCCAUGUGCAGAGUCGAAAGCUUCGAAUUGAAAAGUACAAGCCGAAGGAGCUUGAAGAGUACCUAAAAGAGGUGGAAUGGAGAGAAAACGAUGUGCACAGGUUGGAGAUACGGUCUUACAGAAGUGCGCCUCUCUCCUCAGACCUCAGUAAGACUCUGGAUGAGGAGUACAAACUGUACCACAACUACCAGGUCAGUGUUCACAAAGCAUCGCCGGACAGCAUAACUCGUGAGGCAUUCGAGAAAUCCAUUGUUGAGUCCACUCUUGUGAAUGCACACGAUGCGGCAGCGGAAGCCGCCGGCGCCCCACAAUUCGGCUCCUACCACCAACAGUACUGGCUGGAUGAAAGUAGGCUGAUUGCUGUCGGAGUGGUGGAUUUACUUCCCGGUUACCUUUCUUCUGUCUACUUCUUCUUCGACCCUCAAUACACAUGCCUCAAUUUGGGCACGUACUCUGCUCUUAGAGAAAUUGCCUUUGUUCGACACCUCCAUCGAACCUACGGAGCGAUGGUGCCCGCCUAUGCCGACUUUACGUAUUACUCCCUGGGGCACUAUGUCCACUCCUGCACCAAGAUGAACUACAAGGCUGAAUACUCGCCCUCCUGGCUCGCCUGCCCUGAGACGUAUGCCUGGGUUUCCGUGGAGGAAUGCCAGCGUCUGUUAGACCAAAGCAAGUACAGUCGGUUUGCAGAGGAGGGCGAAAAGGACUCAGCGAACACACCUUGUGACGAGGCAGUCAAAGUUCACCUUCCUUUCUCCGAGGCUCUGACAUCCGCAUUGCCUCACAAGUGUUUUGCCGUGGAGGGAGAUGCGGUAGUCACCACGCUGGCUGAUGCCAAGGGUGUAUUGUGUGAGAGAGAUCUGAACCGCAUUCGUGAGUGGGUCGACCUUGUCAAGGACACUGGAACCAUGCGUAUUGGUUGUACAAACUGGAACCGUGGGAUUUGA